AUGACAAUUAAGUUAGUCAUUGGGGGGCUUACGUUGAAUAUCUGUAGUGCUUAUAUGCCACAAGUGGGCCUGGACGAGGAGGAGAAGAGGAUAUUUUGGGAGGUUUUGGAUGAGGUGGUUCGUGGUGUGCCUAGAUCGGAGAAGAUUUUCAUAGGAUGGGACUUCAAUGGGAACAUCGGGGCAUCACCGAUAGGUUAUGGUGAUGUGUAUGGAGGCUUUGGUUUUGGGGAUAGGAAUGAUGCAGGAGCUGCUCUUUUGAAUUUUGUGAGGAACUUUGGGUUGGUGGUAGUGAAUUCCUGCUUUCUAAAGAAGAAGGAGCAUAUGGUCACUUUUCGUUGUAGGUUAGUCAAGACUCAGAUUGAAUUUUUGUUGCUUAUGAAGGGGGAUAGAACUUUAUGUAAGGAUUGUAAGGUCUUGUCGAGUGAGAAUCUUGUGACCCAGCAUAAACUUCUGUUGAUUGACUUGGUUAUUAAGAAGGAAAGGAAGAGGAAGGGUAGGGAGAGUCGACCUAGAGUUAGGUGGUGUGGCCUGAACCCAGUUACUGCUUUAGAGAUAGGGGCAAAGUUGGAGGGGAUGAGGGCUCGAAAGUAUGGGGGGACAUAG